UUGAGUGAAGAAGACUGACGAAUAGAGGAAUUCAUAUUUUUAGAAAUAUCUGCAGUUUGUAAAGACGACAAAAGCGUGGCGGAUGUUUUUUUUUUUUUAUCACACUCUAAAUUGACUAUGUCGGCGAUAUACCAAGGCAAUCUGUUGGAACAUUUACAAUUUGGUCGAUUAUUAGAAGUUGGCGCCAAGGCUUUGGACCAGGGCUCAUGGUUCAGCAUAUCCUUGGCCUCGUCCAGUUUCAAUGAGGGUGACCCAUCGGUCGACAUUGGCUUGCGUCUGUCUGUCUAUCUGAAUGAAAAUCUUGUGGUCUUCAAACAGCAAAGCCAUGGGGAAUGGCUAAAGGCAAUGAGUCAGGAGUACCCCACCGCUCUAUUUCGUCAGAAUUUCAAAAUUACUUUUGUCAUGGAUGAGAAACAAUUUCACAUUGGUGUUAAUGAGUUCAAACUGGGAUCAGCAAAUUAUGUUUUGGGCAUGCGACCAUUGAGGCACAUCAAAAUCACCGGUGACUUAUUGGCGGUACAGCAGAUUAGUCAUAGAAAAUAUUUUCCCCUACCCUGGCCCCAGGUGCAAUUUGCUGAGGAUCAUUUGGACUUUAGUCAUGAUGUGCCCGAAUCUUUUACAGCCGGCCAUGUUAUGGUGGUCACCAUGAAGUUGUUGGGCAAGCUGAAGGGUCGUUUUCAUAUGCAUUUUCGUAAUGCCCGCAACUACAAACGCCAGGAGGUGCACAUCAGUGUGCGUUUUGAUAGCAAGCAGAUUGUAAGAACCUCCAAAUUACCAGCCAAAGAUAAGCAACAGCAAAAUGAUAAAUUGGAAUAUGGCCCUGAAGAAGCCCAUGGCAUAUUUCCCUUUGACCUUUACCCCAUGUCCUUCAAAUUGGCAUUUGCCUUCACCGAGUCUUCACUGAAGAUGGCCAAGGAUGGUGUUUAUGUGUUUGAUUAUCGCUAUAGAACACCAAAUGUUUUAGCGCAACUUUCAAGUUUUACCGUACUUGGCGUGCAGGGCAUGAUGGUGAAGGUCUUAAGCAUCGAUCACAUACGCAUGGAUGACCCACUGUGUGAAGAAUUUGAAAGAUAUUCGGAUAUGGAUAUAUAGGGGAAAGAGUUGCCAUAUUGCUGAUAUUUGAAAAAAAAUCGCAAGCAAUACAAAAAAGUUCAACCGAUCCCCCACCCAUAGAUUAGCCAAUUAAUUUUGAAGAUAUGGCAAUACUAAAGUGUAGCUGUGAGUGUUGCCAUAUUAAUCUAAUUUAUAAUCUUCAAACACAUACAAUACGUAAGGAUACAGUGUUUCAAUUACGCCUUUUGGAUGCCAGAUGUCGUUAGUGCAAAUAGGCCCCAUCUUUCAGUUAUGUUUUAGUUACAAAAAGAGGUCAAAAGAUGUCGUUGGUUAAAAUUUUGAUAUUCUAAGUGUAAUUUUGCAUCUGGGAGACUUAAAAUAAAUAUAUUUAUCCAUUAAAUUAAUCCGCACAUACAAUGGGCUAAUAUAUGUAGAUUAUGUGAAAGUGGUUCCAUCCCACUGUAUACCAUGCCAUCUAUGCGUUCAAAAUGGUCCCUAAUCGACCUUUUCCAAUGCCGUGUCUUUUCGUAUUGCAUGUUUUUGAUAAUAUCCAUUAACUCAGUCUUGUCGUUGCCUGGAAUUAUAUAAUGGAUUUUUUUUGCCGGGCACACCCUAAUAUACAUGUAUAUAUAGAAUAUUAAGUAGACACAAACAUAGAAUAAGAUUUUAUAUAGAUUGUUUAUAUAAAUACACAAGACUUAAGUACAUAUAA